AACUUUAAUCUGUCAAGGCCAGAGGGGCGACCGAUCACGCAUUACAUCCGUGACUAGUAAGGGCGAUAUACUCAUGUACAGCACACAUAUCCUGAGACAUCAAUAAUUCCUCGCUUCGCUGGCCUUCUCACUCAUCCAUGUACAGUGCUUUAAACACCCCUACACUGAUAUACAGCAAUGUGAAGCGAAUAAGUCUGCACACCGAAGCUUUCGAAAUGGCGGGGUCUGUAGGACGCGUUCUCUGUUGUCUGAAGAAGGAGUCGAGACUGAUACCGUCGGUGCAAAGGACUUGCCACUAUUGCUCGACCAGCCAGGACGGAGUGACGGGGGUUUGGACCCAGAAGAUUGACCAAAACCUCGAAUUGCGCGCUCUGAAACAAGAUGGCGUCGUACGACACGCACGGCCUCUUAUGCUGUUGUUUGGAUGGAUGCUUGCCAAGCGGAAACAUAUGCAGAAAUACGAGGAAUACUAUCUUAAAAGGGGCUACAACGUGCUGACUGUCACUGGUUAUCCAAUGGACAUUCUGAAGCCAGCAAGGGCUCAGGGAAUAGCCAGCAAGAUUCUCAGUCACAUAGACGAACGGUCACGUGAGGUUGGCAAACAACCAAUUCUUCUGCACGGAUUCUCAGUUGGCGGGUAUUUGAUUGGGGAAUUUCAUGUGAAAUUGAAUACCGAGGACACCAUUGCACGUGAUUUACUGAUAGCGCAGGUGUUUGACAGCCCGGUCGACUUCGACGGUAUUCCCGAAGGAUUUUCAAAAGUCUUGACGAAAAAUCCAGCCCUCCGGUUUCUAAUUAGGAAUUCACUACACCUGUAUAUGGCAGUUUUUAGAACAAAUGUUUCAAAAUAUCUGAAAGCCUCUGAAGCUUUCAAAGUUAACAAGUACAACGUGCCUUCGUUGUUUCUAUAUUCCAAAGCAGAUCCGGUCGGAAAUCCGGUUACAAUAGAAAGUGUGAUAACAGACUUCUACCAGCGCCAGAUCCCGGUACGGAGUAAGUGCUGGCACGACUCUCCUCACGUGAGCCACUUUCACUAUUACCCAAAAGAGUAUGUGGAAAUUCUUACGUCAUUUCUCGAUACGCAUGCACCAAGUCCUGCUGAUUUCAAAGGUCAUGAUAGCCAAGAUGAAGGUGAAGGUCGGCGUAAGAUGAUGAUAUGAGGAGACCCUGUGUAUACAUGCGUUGUACGUUAAGCCAUUACUAUGUAUGAUGAUUUUCUAGUGUUUGUUUGGGUUGGGUGACAUUUAGAUUAUAAUUUGAUAGUAUUUCAUUUGCUUGUUAUAUGUUAUUGCAAUACUUUUGUUAGUAUUAGAUAAUAGCAUAGGUAGAUUUUGCAGCAUUUAUGUCAGUUGUAUGUACCAUCAGAAAUGUCAUGUACCUCAUAUUCUAAUAUGCCAGAUCAAAAUUGAAUGUAAUAUUGUGGUUCUUUUUGUCUUAUUAAUUCCCCAUAUGUUUGAAUUAUAUUUUAUUCUUCUGACUUUUUCACUUAUGAGCCCAAAAUGAACGCAAGAGAAGUAAAAUGUUCACUUUGUUUGGCAUUCUGCAUCAAGAACUUUAGUUUUUCCAGUAGGCACUUCAAUAGUAUUUUGAGUAAUUAUUCUAACCCUUCCUUAAGAGAACUUUUAUUUAUAUUGAUCGUUAUCGUAUACUUAUCUUGACUUUCAGGCUUAGUUUUUAUCGAAGUUUUGGUUCCGUUUUGUGAUAUUUAUCUAGAUAACACUAAAUUACCCAGUCCAACGGAUAAAGUCCAUAUUCUGACGAUAGAUUUAAAAUAGAUCCAAGAAUCGUUUUACAGAAUGUUUAGUUGAUAUUAUACAGCCCUGUUAAAGAAAUCAUCCUAUCAUGUAAGUAUGUGUGUGUCAGAGAAGUUAUUCGAUGAAUGAUAUAUAUAUUGUUAAUUCAUAAAAAUAAAAAUAAACUAUUUUCUGUAAUAUAAAUAUAUUAAACAUGC